UUAGCUAUAAUAAUGGGAUUUAUUUAUAACAAAUUUUGAUUUAUCAGGAACUCUACACACAAUCAAACAGUUUAUAUAUGUGUGUGUAUAUUUGGUUUUGAAGUGUUGGAGGCCUUACUUUUUAUAAAGACCUUACUUUUUUAUUUCAUCUUCAAAACAGAUAGCCAUGGCAGCUCCAUCAGUACUCCAGUCUUUUUGUCUUCCAUGGCUACUACUUGCUCUACUCUUCCUGGCAUCUUCUGCUUCAGCAUCAUCACCAUUGAAGAAAAUUCCGACACUCGGUGUUCGAGGAGUACUGAAUCCGGAAAAAAGCGAAGCAGCAUCGGUCCCGGAGGAUCUCCAGACUUAUUACUACCACCAAACACUUGAUCACUUCAACUUCAAACCAGAAAGUUAUGCUACCUUUAAGCAAAGGUACAUGGUGAGCUACAAGCACUGGCGUGGGGCCCACGUCGCGGCCCCGAUAUUUGCAUAUCUUGGUGAGGAGUCGUCAGUGGAUGAUGAUGUGAAGGCCAUUGGAUUCUUAAGAGAUAAUGCGCCCAGGUUUGGUGCUCUUAUAGUGUAUAUAGAGCACCGAUACUAUGGAAAAUCAGUCCCAUUCGGAGGAUCACAGAACGAAACAUUGAAAAACGCGACGAAACGCGGUUAUUUCAACUCAGCUCAAGCCUUGGCAGAUUAUGCAGAGGUGCUGACUUACUUGAAACAAAAGUUAUCAGCAGAGGCUUCUCCUGUUAUUGUUAUUGGGGGAUCCUAUGGAGGAAUGCUGGCUUCAUGGUUCCGCCUAAAAUAUCCUCACAUUGCUCUUGGAGCACUGGCAUCUUCAGCUCCAAUUCUCUAUUUUGAUGGCAUUACGUCACCAGAUGCAUAUUAUAAUGUUGUCACAAAGGACUUUAGAGAAACUAGUGAGAAUUGCUACAACACCAUAAAGAAAUCUUGGUCUGAAAUCGAGAAAGUUGCUGCUAAAAAAGAUGGUCUUUCCAUACUCAGUAAAAAGUUCAAAACUUGCAAACCCCUGGGCAGUGUAAACGAUUUGGAGAACUAUUUGUACAAUAUGUACACAACAGCGGCACAAUAUGACAGGCCUCCUAGUUAUCCUGUCAGUAAGAUUUGUAAUGGCAUCGAUGCAGAGCCGAACGAAGGCAGCGAUUUACUCGACAAGAUUGCUGCAGGAAUGUUUGCAUAUAGAGGAUACGAAGGUUGUUAUCAAUUCAAGGAUUUCUUUUCAUCAGAAACUCUGUUGGGCUGGAGUUGGCAGGUGUGUAGUGAUCUUGUAAUACCAAUUGGCAUUGGCAACCACACUAUGUUUCUACCUUCACCAUUUAAUAUGACGGAUUACAUCAAGUCUUGCAAGGAUAGCUAUGGAGUUUCUCCGCGAACACAUUGGAUCACUACCUAUUUCGGCGGUCAGAAUAUAAAACAAGUCCUCAAGAGGUUUGGUAGCAACAUAAUCUUCUCGAAUGGCCUCCGCGAUCCUUACAGCAGUGGAGGGGUGUUGGAAAACAUUUCACAUUCUGUUGUGGCAGUGUCUACCAAAAAAGGUGCUCAUUGUGUGGACAUAUUGCCAGCAAAAGAAAACGAUCCCGAGUGGUUGGUGAUGCAGCGAAACGUAGAGCUUGAGAUCAUCAAUGGGUGGAUUCUGAAAUACUAUGAAGAUCUGCUACAGAGUUCAUGAAAUGGGAUGUUGUAGACUUCAGAUUUAGGCGUCAUUGGUUCAUGAAAUGGAUCAUGAAGCUAUGUAGUAAUGUAAAAAAUAAUUGAUUGAUGAGUCAUGAGAUCAAAUCUCUUGCCUUGCAUUCAGUCCUUCCUAGCUGUUAACAAUGGCUUCAAUUGUCUCCGGCUUGCAUAUACUUAGGGAUGAAAGGACAUGACUUUUGGACAAAAUUCCGACCAGAUUGAGGUUCCCUGAUGUUAUCUUUCCUUGAAAUCAUCCAUCGAUCCCAGGGCGUGAGGUCUGGAAUUCGCAGUUUCGGAGGUGUG